CCAAAGAGGCAGGGGAAAAGUUGCUUGAGUGACUUCCAAUCACUCCACCUCCACAGCGCACACCUGCAGCACAUCAAAGCUUGUCGGCUUUACUCAUUUUCAAUACUUCACUGUGAUUUGCUCUGAAACCUCCAGCUACUGACUUGUUUAAAGGACACAGGUUAAUUCUUUUUCAGAUUUGUUUGGUGACCUGCCGGUUGGACUUCCCUCAGGGUUUGAAGUAUGGUAAUCAGAACCAACAAGAUCCAACAUCUUAUAAGCUUCUUCCUGCUUUUUAUUGCAUUGUACUACAAUGUACAACAUGCUUCAAUUGUAGCCUCUGCAAUGACCAACAUGACUGAUUCAAAUAUGACAAAUGGAAUGGAAAUGCCAGAAAAUUUCUCCUGCCAGACAUUCAACUGCUCAGGCUAUGAGUGCUACGAGAACCAAAACGCCUGGGAGGAAUGUCCCUCAAGUCAAAUGUUCUGUGAGUUGUAUCGUACCUCCAAUGACUCGUACUGGGCAGGCUGCAGUGACAGUUGCGCUGGCACGGACAACAUCUGCUGGAAUGUCUCACAGACCAUGUGUACAAUGGAAUGCUGCAAUGCAACCCUCUGUCUGAUGCUGAAUGGCACAAUCCAAGAACUACCCUGGGAUUAUGAAAUGACUGAACCUAUGACUGAAUUUACAACUAUGGAAACAAUAGCUACAACAUCUGCUCCAACAACAAUAGGCAGUGGCAAUAGGUGUGGCAUGGUUAACUGUACUGGAGAUACCUGCUACCAAAGUCAAAAGGUCAAACACGAAUACUGCUCUGAGACAGAACGAUACUGCAAGCUGGAAAAGGAGACAAGUAGCAACAGAUGGACAAGCGGCUGUGACGGUAGCUGCAACACAGUCUCAUCUGGAUGUUCUUCCAGCGGCAGUGCAGCAACAUGUAUCCAGGAGUGUUGUGAGGCAGCCACUGAAUCCUGUCUGAAGUUAGACGGACAAGAAUAUUUGUUGGGAACUGCAAGUAUGGCACAGUCUAUGAAGGUGAUGAUGUACACAGUUGCUGCAUUUGCUUUGGCUAAUCAGUUUUCUCCCUUUAGUUUUUAAUAGCAAGAGCCGAUAAUUGACACCAGACUUAAUAAAAUUCGGACAUCAGCACCACACUGCAUAAGCCUUUUUAUGUCAGUAUUCAAAGUGAGCAGAUUUUUUUCUGUGAAACUAAUUAGCCUUAAUAUAAUUAAAACUACAAAUUUAUCCACCCAAAAGAGGAUUAUAGUAUAGAUAAUUGGUUUCAGUUCUGUUGAGGUAGUAAUUCUCUCUCUUUCUCUCUUUGUCUUUCUGUCUAUCUCUCCCUCCCCCCCUCUCUCUCUCUCUCGCGCUCUCUCUCUCUCUCUCUGUUUCCUCUCUCUCUCUCUCUCUCUCUCUCUCUCUCUCUCUCUCUCUCUUUCUCUGUGUUUCCUCUCUCUGUCUCACUUUCACACUCUAUAAGUAUCAUUGUUAAAAAGACCAAAAGCUGCGAGUAGAAGUAAGGAGAAGUAAGGAAAGGAAUUCAGAAGAACAUGAUCAAAAUCAGAUCAAAACAUUAAAAGGAGCAUGAAUGCUUUAGCUCUGUCAACACCACAAGAAUUUUACCAUGUUAAAUGUCACAGUCUCGAAAUAUUCAGUGAACAAUGUCCUUCAAAAUAGAUAUAGGCUUUAUCAAGGGCCAUUGAAAAUAACCAACAAAUACAUUCUAAUUACAAAAGAAAGCAAACCACUUUCAAUAUUUCUGUUUUUACUUAAAGUUGCCUUUUGGUUGUCUCAAUGCGUGAUGCAAAAUGGUUGAGAAAAUGGGACACCGUUUCCUUGCCAAUCUUAAAAAAAAUAUCAACCAUAGGCCAAAUGUUAGCACAGAAAGCAGUGUUUAUUCACAGAUAUGUGAUACUGAAAUGGAUAUCAAUAGUUUGAAAUUUGAUGUGCGGACUGCAGAUGGCGUGACAUAAAACAUGAACUUCUCUGGAAAUUUUCAUCUCUAUAGCACCGUGUUAUAAAAAUGCAUAAAGAACUAUACAGAAAAAGGCUUAUGCAGUGUAUGUCAUGGUUCUAAAUAAGCGUCAAUCAUUGUAAUGUCAAUUGAUAUAUAUUAUAAAUAGUUAAGGGGCCUGUUUAGUACUGCAAGGCUGCAUUGUUGAAAUAUUUUUAGCUUAUUGUAAAUAACAAUAUUACUCUUGCUCUUCAUUAUGCAAUGGAGGAGGUACAGAAGUGGGUAUGGAAGUAUGGUAGGGUAAACAUAAAGGAAAUCUAAGAAGUAUUCAGAUCUCAGUAACUGCUAUUCUCCACUCUAAUAUCCUCCAAUAUCCCUCUUAAAUUGCAGAUCAUGCUGAACCUGAGGCAAACUCCAUUUCAUUUUUGGUUCUUUACUACAGGCCAUUCACCCCCUCUUACACCUGCAAUGUCAUGCUGGUAUUUUCCUAUAGCACUGCUUUCCUGUGCUAGUCCCACAACCUUUAAUUCCUUUAAUUAUUUACUGAAAACUCAGCAACAUCAGUUUCAAUCUUCCAUCUGGUUGUUUCUGUCUGUAAUGGAAAAGAGCCAUUAUCUGUGAAAGAGUGAGGGAUGUAACGAGCUCAUUGGUCAUCUCUCCCCAACUAAUUAUCAUUAAAUAUUACAUGUGUAAGCAAGUAACAUUCAAUAUUGAACACUUUUAGAUGGGAAUAAUAUUCAUAGUUUCUAAAGCAGAUUUUACGAGCAGUUACCUAGAAGCCAAACAGACUGAACAACAGGAAAGUAUUUUCCUUAUUUAUUAUGGUUAAGAACAUGUGAGAAUAUGCAUUAGGAAUACAUUAAAAUUGUGGGCCGGCUGGUGGUGUAGUGGCAUCAGUACUGGACUUCAAGGCAGAUGGUCCAAAGUUCAAACCCAGCCGGGUCCCAACCUGAGAAGCAGCAACAUCUGUGCAGAAGAAAUCUACUUCUGCAUCUUGCCAAGAAAACCCAUGAGGUCACCACUUAUUGACUGGAUUACAAACAUCAAAAUUUGAAACUGAAAUUUGGCAUCAACCCAAUCAGGUCGCGUGAACGUUCACUUCUCCGUAUGUUGAAACAGGUUCAACAACUUGUUCUCAUAUUCAUUUAUCCUCCAUAAUUCAAGUCUCUAUCAUAUCGAAUAUUGACAUAAUUUUGGCCAAAUCUAGAAUAAAGAUCCACAGAAAACAAAAGAGAUAUUUCAAUCUGGCACUGGAAGCAUUUAUUUUGUCACCUGGGAAAAUGCGGUACUGUGGAAAACGCGGGAAUGAAAGCUGAUCUCUCACUCCCCAACCAACCCACUUCCAUAAGCCAGGAGUUUCCAGAAGCACCGGUGAAUGAUUUGUAUGCUGUGGCUUUACUGUUUUCCCUCCUUAGUAUCUGCAAUGAGUUGGCCUUAUUUUUGGCAUUCACUCUGUGCAGUUCCAGUGCUGAACAGGCCCUUUAAGAAUGAUCUAAGCAAAGUCAAAUGUAAGUCUGAAUGGUUGUAGUUGCUGUUAUAUUUACUGCAGAGCACACAACCAAUUCAGAAUCUGGCAAGGUCUGGUCACCCUGCUCGUCUGUGAAUAUGUAGUCAAAACCGAUGUCUCGUGAUGUUUGCUUCAACCACAAAAUAUAUGUUUGAUUAGAAUAUAAUAAAAUUCAAACAGAAUUAUAUUUCUAUAAUGCUAGAGUAAUGUAUAGAAUAUGAAUAAAGCAUAUAAGAGAAAUUAUAUUCCUCACUUGAGCAACAAUAAUCUGUCUUUUUUUUCCCCUUUUUUUUAAACAACGAUAUUGGGUUUUCAGGAGCUGUGUCAUUUCAUUAGUUUUGCUUCAGAUUAUUAAUUAAUAAGAGUUAUGAAACUUUCAAUUUUUGUUAAAGGGGUGAUUCCAAUCUCUCAAAGAAUUAACUGAAAGCAGCUGGAGGUUUUCAAUUAGCAUGUUAAUAUUUCAACCGCUUUACUCUUUCUGUUAUGUGAGGCUCAGAGGUAAUUAAGUACAUUUGAAAAUAGGAGUGUGUCCUGAUGAAAAACUUUCCUCAUGCUUCUCUAGUGAAGCUCACUCAUUGAGAUUGGUCUAUUUUGCAAUUCUGACCCUACCAAGUUUCCAGCAACACUAAAAAUUAUCAACAGCUACCAGUGGCUGGACACUUUGAUAGAUUGCUAUUCCAUGCUAUAACACAAUAAAUAAAUUAAUAAAUAAAAUUAAUUGAAGGUGCAGGGUUGAUUUUCUGAUUGGCUGACCAUUGCUGUGAAGACUCUUGCAAUAGUGCCAGAUCACCAGUUAAAAAGUUCCUGAUAUUUUGAAAGCAGAUAAAAGGAUGAGCACAACUCUCAGAUAUAUCUCUGAGUCUCCUGGCAUUUUUGAGUUCUGCAUCACUAUAGAAAAAGAAAUGCAUAUUUAUUAUCUAAGUAUCAUUAAUGUGGUUAAAUCAAUUUUUCCAUAAUCUAUCACAGAAAUUUUUGAAUUAGUUCAAACAAAAGCACAGCAGAAGAUUGUUUUCCUGACAAUGUCUACAAGUGUUUAAUUGUGCUAUUGUUCGGAUAAUGUUAUUCUUUCAGGCAAUUUCCAUCAGUUCAUAGCUCUAUGUAGCAUCUAUGUUUAAUUAAAUGAGCUCUAAUAAAA